AUGCAACAACAACAAGAGGACAAGAAUGCUGAGCAUGAAGUAGCAGUGGAGAAGGAGGUGGUCCAAUCACCAUCACCAAUGGAAGCACGAAAGAACAAGAAAUCAGAUGGUUCGAUCAAUCAAACUCAGACUCAAUCACAGUCGCCCUCGCCACAACAGACCCUGGACACACACCCAUCGACAACCGAGUCAACUACAUCAACAAUGAACUUGAAGUCGAGUCGCGAGAAUGUACUUGGAGACCAAGAGAAGGUGGAAUCAUACAGGAGAAUCGAUUGGAAUACUGCUGGAAACAAUGAUGCUGUUGUUGGAGACAGGGUGGAGUUUGAAAGAUCUGACUUGGGCGCAUUAUUGACGUUGACGCAUCACUUGACACCAGCUACAUUGGUAUCAUUCAUCAUCCAUUGCGAAGCGAACAAUGUGCCAAACUUCCAACAGCUGCUGUGUAGUGGUGUCAAGAGUCGCACGCUUGCUCAACAGGACGUCAUCACCAACAUGCUGAUCAUCAAGUAUCUCCAGCUGGACCAAUACGAGAUGGCGCUGACCUGGUAUGCUCGUCGCCAGAUCGACCUCAACCUGCAGCCCACGCUCCAGACCAACAUGAGCUUCAUCAGGUAUCACGAGUCCUCCUUGGAGGAUACUAAAGUCCGCGAGGCACUCAUUCAAUUCUGGCGCGGCAAGCAUCACAGCCAGGCAGCGCAAGAGUCAACAUCAUCCUUGGACGAGUUGUGGUCGGAAGUCGCACUCAUUGACUGUGGCAUCAGGUCGACCACACCCCGCAUCCGCACAGAGCGCGAGAUCAUCCUGGAUCACAUCUGCAGGAGCAACGAUGUCGAGGGCAUUUCUAUCCAUCUGCGCCGAAACAUGGACGUGCUUCCCAAGUCCACGCUGUUGCUGCGUGCUCUCCUGGCCAUGCGUGGGGACACCACGGCCGGCCGUCGUCCCAAGCCGACCACCGUCCACUUUGAUCUCUUUGGUCUAAUGCCAAUACAGUGGCGCGUUAUGCUUAUCGAUCAGGCCCAACUCGAUCAUAUGUUGGCAACAAUGGAUAUCUCCUCGCUACUGGACGCCGUCAAGCCAAUAUACAACGUCGUGCGCUACAUGAAGUCAUUUGGCAAUCACAUCUUGGCAACUCUGUUGGCGGACAAGAAUGCGCCCACUGACGUUGUGAUGGCUCAGGUCAAUGCGAUGGCCUGGGACAACGUGCCAAUCGACCGAGCAUUGAUGGGGCCUCUCUCGGACUUCAUCUUCAACAGUCACUCAAUCAACAGACUCGGCAGAAAGACGCUCGAACACAUCACGACCAAUCACAACCAAUCAAACAAGAACAAAGAAUCGAUCACAUGUCUGGAACUUUACCGAAUGAUUGCUACCUCCCCAUUAAUCGACCUCACAAAGUGCAAGAGCAUACUCAAUAACUUGAAGUUGAAGCGUGGAUGCAACGACUAUGGAGUGCUCCUGCUCGGCAUCCAGUUCUUCUACUACUCGCUCAAGAACACUGAGAUGGCGCAGAUACCCACCAAGCAGCUCAUAUCGUCAAUAUUCAGCACUCUGUGCCAGUUCCUUCAGAUCGAGUACAAUCAGCGCCCCUCCGAGAGGCUCAUGAGCGUAUGGCUGGACUACUGGAGCAGCAGGGGACAAGGCCCCGUCACCUCCUACAACCUGAGGACAUAUCACUUGUUGUCUGCAAAGGGCAUCACCGACGAACAUCUGUUGCUCUCCAAGAUGCAAUGUACAACUCGCGGCGACAUCAAACUGGAUGAUUUCUGUGGCUUCACGCCAAUGGACAAUGCUGAUGGAUUUACUUUAUCGGCGAUUGUUCAAGAGGCCAUAAUAAGCCUCGAUGACCUGAAGCUGGAUCAGGAUCCGGCUGCAGAGUCGACCAGGCUCUACAAUCAUCGCAAUCAAGCAUUUGGUCAGCCUUCAACGAGCAGUGUCCUUAUUCAAAGCUUCAUCAAUGAGGUGAUCAAUCAAUAA